AUGGACCCUCGCAUGAGCGUGGCAUGGUGCAAGCGUCACGAGGUCCCUGUGGAAAAGGUGUUCGCGAAGACUCUGCAGAACAAGUUCGUGUGGGCGAUGAACGUGCCCCCUGACUGGAACUUCUCGUACGAGACUCUCUACAACUCCAAACAGAGCGUGUUGGACGUUCCUCGCCCCCCGGGCGGCGGCAAGAAGAAGGCCGAUGCCGCUGCUGCUACCGCCACGGCUAAGACACCCCCCAAGACUGCUGCUGCCGCUGCCGCUGCGAAGAAACCGGCCGCUGCUGCUGCGUCUGCGUCUGCAGCAUCGCCGAAAAAUCCGGAGGUGAAGGGUAAGGGUAAGGCGAAGAAGGUCGAAGAACGACGAUGA